UUCAUCGUCAUCGAUCGGAACGAGCUUUCUCUCCGCAGUCGUUCCUUCAACGCUCCAACAAGUUGUUCCUGCUUCCUUCAUCGUUGUUGUGGCAUUGCUAUUUUCUGGCGAGAUUCCACAGCGGAUUUAAAUUUCUAGUAGCAGAACGGAGAUUUAUCUCAACCAAGCACAAAAAUGGAAUCUUUGAAGCAGUACUCGCUCGCCGAAGUUGCAAAACACAAUACCACGGCGGAUUUGUGGAUGGUGAUAGACGAUAAGGUGUACGACGUCACCAAAUUCCAAAAUGAGCAUCCCGGUGGUGAGGAAAUACUGUUUGAGGUGGCCGGAAAGGACGCCACCACGGAGUUCACCGAUGUUGGCCACAGUACCGAUGCGAAGGAACAAAUGAAGCAAUUUGUUGUUGGAGAGAUCGUUGAAGCCGAGCGAAAAAAGAAAGCAACAACGCAAGAUUCUGAUUCUUCGUCCUCGCCAUCCGGAUCCUGGUUCGGUGCCUUGAAGGCUAAGUUUUUUGGAUAAGAUUUGGAUUAAUAUUGUAAUAGAAUGCCUGUAUCGAAUACGAUUGAUAGUUUUGUGCUUGAUAUCUCAAACUAUCAUUAACCUGUGGUGCUGUGUUUAAAACAUUCUAUCGAUGAAAAUAAACAUUUAUUUC